GGAAACAGAAGUGACGUUUAUUGGUCAAAGGUCAAUGUGCGCGCCUAAGGCUAGGAUAGGAGUUGUCUUGUGAACAAAAACAAACUUUAAAACCAAUCCCGGAUGCACGUGUUCCAAUCUACAAAAUACAAUAGUGUUUUACGAUUUCUUUGGGGAAUUUACCCGGCCCCUUAAGGGCUAACCUGGCGAGCGUUCGGUUGUCGGCUGGCGGGAGAGAGAUGACCGGCUAAUUAGCGCGAUAGCACGUAGCUAACCGAGGCAUUUUGUUUCAUAGUGGGAAUCGACGAUCUCAUCGCAUUCAAGCAUGCAGGACUUACUGGCUAGCGCGGACCACAUCAAGUUCGACCUGGAGAUUGCCGUGGAGCAACAGCUGGGGGCUCAGCCUCUGCCUUUCCCCGGCAUGGACAAAUCCGGGUCUGCUGUGUGUGAGUUCUUCAUGAGAGCUGCGUGCAUGAAAGGUGGGAUGUGUCCUUUCCGUCACAUCAGUGGAGAGAAAACGGUCGUAUGCAAGCACUGGCUCAGAGGACUUUGCAAAAAAGGAGACCAAUGCGAGUUCCUCCACGAGUAUGACAUGACGAAGAUGCCUGAAUGCUAUUUCUACUCCAAAUUUGGUGAGUGUAGCAACAAAGAAUGUCCAUUCCUUCACAUUGAUCCUGAGUCCAAGAUCAAGGACUGUCCAUGGUAUGACCGAGGCUUCUGCAAACACGGUCCUGACUGCAGACACAGACACACAAGACGGGUGAUUUGUGUUAACUACCUUUUGGGUUUCUGUCCAGAAGGAAAGUCUUGCAAAUUUAUGCAUCCUCGUUUUGAAUUGCCAAUGGGAGCCCCCGAGCAGCCGCCGCUGCCGCUACAAAACCAAAAUCAGACAAAGACGGGGUCGAUCACGGGUCGCUCGUCAUUCUCAGCCAUCCACCUGAGCAACGCCAGCCCAGGCCAGCGGUCACACAACAACUCUUCCGUGCCUGUCACUCAACAGAAUCACGUCAUUCCCAUCAGAGGGCCUCGGCCUCUGGACCAGGUUACCUGCUACAAGUGCGGAGAAAAAGGCCACUACGCCAACAAGUGUAACAAGGGCCAUCUUGCCUUCUUGAUUGGACAGUGACCUUACACAUGGUAUCAUGAGACAACAGGGAAGAUGGACAUUUUACAGGUUGACCUCGCAACUCAAAUCCCUAGAACCUGUGAUUACCCCCCCCCCCCUCCCAAUCAGUCUACUCAUAUACACAGGCAAAGAUAGAUUCACAACACUUUGUAUUCUUGCCUUUUAUACAUUGCGAAAAAAAAUAUGACACCAUUGUCAUGUGGAAUACUUGCAAUUCUUGGAAAUUGUGUCUAUUUGUUCUACUGGGUGUGCUUCUGUUAGCCUUUUUGUACUAAAGAUUUGCAGUUAUUUCAUAAAUCAAACCCCAGCAAUCACUCCUUACAAGAAGCAGAAGCCACAGCGAUCAGUACUGGUUUCAUAACUUCAUAAAU